GGCGGAAAAAGAUGGAAGCAAGAAGCAGCCGCAUUCGCCAUUGCAUCACUGCCCUUAUUUAUUGCCUUCUUUCUUCAUCUCUCUCUCUCUCUCUCUCUCUCCAUGAAACCUCAUCUCCAUCUCUUUGUUUUGUAUUUUUCUUUUUCUAGCUCCCUAUAUCUAUAAUUAAUCUCUUCCUUGGCUGAUUCGGGCAUCGGAAAGCCCAUCUCGAGGACCCAUUUACUCAUGGAUCUCUCCCGAGUUCGAGAAUUUCUAGCCUCUUUCCUUGGUACAGAGAAGUUGGGCCUCUGAUGGUAAUGUGGUAGGGAGAGUGGUUUGCCAUAGAACAAUAGCCAUGGAUUCUUCCCUUUUUGAGGUAUGCCUCUCGACUGAAGUUCUGAAUGUCUAACCAUCCGGGGGUAAAGGAAGGAUAUCAGAGAUGAGUUAUAAACUGCCAUUCCAGAGUUGUGCUUGAUCCCUCAAAAUGUAGUAAGUUGAGUAUGGAGGAAAAGAGAGAGCUUGUUUAUGAAUUGUCAAAGUGGUCUCAUGGAGCCCCUGAAAUGCUACAAUCAUGGAGUCGACAGGAGAUUUUACAGAUACUGUGUGCUGAGAUGGGAAAAGAAAGGAAGUAUACUGGCUUGACAAAGUUGAAAAUCACAGAGAACCUUUUAAAAAUUGUAGCUGAGAAGAGAUCACAGGGACUUGAGACCAUAACAGACACUGAUCCGCUGUCUUCUGCUGUUGGGCAAAGAGCUUCCAAAAGGCAAAGGAAAUCUGAUCACCCUAAUAGACUUCCUGUUGCAGACAACAAUCUCUCGAUCAACAACAGUGAAGGUGGUACAAGCAAUACUAUAUUCUGCAAAAACUCUGCUUGCAAAGCAAAGUUAAAUCAAGAAGAUGCAUUUUGCAAGAGGUGUUCAUGCUGCAUCUGUUACAAGUAUGAUGACAACAAGGACCCUAGCUUGUGGUUAACUUGCAGCUCAGAGCCUCCCUAUCAAGGUGAUGCAUGUGGGAUGUCAUGUCACUUGGAAUGUGCAUUAAGGCAUGAAAAAUCUGGCAUUGCAAGAGAUGGGAUGGAUGGAAGCUUCUUUUGUGUUUCUUGCAGGAAAGCAAAUGAUUUGCUUGGAUGCUGGAGAAAACAACUGAUAACAGCAAAGGAUACCAGGCGGGUUGAUAUAUUGUGCUAUCGUGUCUCCUUGAGCCAAAGGCUUCUUGCUGGAACCAAGCACUACCACAAGCUUUUUGAAAUUGUGGAUCAAGCAGUGAAGAAGCUUGAAGCAGAUGUUGGUCCUUUAACUGGUUUACCCGUGAAGAUGGCUAGGGGUAUUGUCAACAGGCUCUCUUCAGGCCCAGAGGUUCAGCGAAUCUGUGCCUUUGCAGUGGAGUCCCUAGAUACAAUGCUUGCUGAAACUGUUUCCCAUGUGUCAUCCAAUCCUGCAAUUCAAGAAUUUAAAUUGAUAGCUUCGAACAUAAUCCGCCUUGAAGAUGUCUCUGCUUCAUCUGUUACUGUGAUAUUGGGUUCUAAGGAUCUACCAGCUGAAAAUAUUGUGGAUUAUACCUUGUGGCAUAGAAAAACUGAAGAUACAGACUACCCAUCAGAGUCAACAUGUACAUUGUUUACACCAAAUACAAGAUUUUUGCUGUCUGGACUAAGUCCAGCUACAGAGUAUGUUAUAAAGGUUGUUUGCUGUGGUAGCACCAGAGAAAUGGGAGCGUGUGAAGUUCAGUUCCAAACUGGCGGUGCUGGUGAUGUGGUCCACAGUACGCAGAAUGUGGCAGUAGAAAGAAGUGAAAGUCCAACAACCAAUUCUAGCAGUUUAUCUAAUCCAUCUUCCGUAGAGGACGAAACUAACAAUAUUCCUCUCUGUAGCAAUGAGAAUGACAACAGAGACGGCAAUGAUCUCACUUACGGCAAGAACAAAAGCACUGGCAAAAGUGCUACAAAUUUACCUAAUGAUGUGAUUGACCAUUCAGGCACAGGUCAAGGAGGAACUCCGGGAGAUUCUGUGUCUCUGUUGGUUGAAGAAGGUGCCGUAAGGAAAAGUAAGUCUCCCCCCAAUUCUAAUGCUUUAAAUAUUGAGAAGAUCUCUCCAGAAGGCCAAACCAUUGAGGAGACGAGCACUGACAGUGGUUCAAAUACUCACAUUCAAGCAGGCAUGGAGUGCAUGCCAUUUGUUGGUAGCUCAGAAGCUGAUUUGCCCAUUACCCCUUGCAAGUUGGAAAACUUAAAGGAUGGUGUGGGAAGAAAUGUGAGAUGCAAACCCAGCAGCAAGUUUCUUGAUAGUGGGUCUGGACGGGAAGAGGAGCCCCAAGCAGGAAGCUCGUCAAAGAAGAGAAGUGAGGAAAGGCGGGACGAGGAGCAGUCUGGCAAUGGCGAUAGGGAUUUUGAGUACUGCGUGAAAGUGAUCAGAUGGUUGGAAUGCGAGGGACAUAUGGAGACAAACUUUAGACAGAAAUUUCUGACCUGGUACAGCUUGAGAGCAACCCCACAGGAAGUGAGGGUUGUGAAGGUGUUUGUGGAUACUCUCAUUGAUGAUCCAGCGUCUCUGGCAGGGCAGCUAGUAGACACUUUCUCGGAUGCCAUUUCGAGCAGGAGAGCUGCUGUUGUGCCAUCUGGGUUUUGCCUGAAGCUUUGGCAUUGAUUCAGUUUCAUAUAUAGAGAGGGUCUGAUUAUUUUAGUUGAUGUCUCAAACCUCUGCAAGGUUUGUAUAGCUGUAAUUCUUCGGAUCCUCCCAAAAGAUGUAGUAAGAUUCUUCCAUUUGGACUGCAAGAAUCCAUUCAUAUUGAUCAUUAGUAUUUUCUAUUUCACGAUGUAAGAACAUGAGGACCAUUUUCUUCUGUAGUAACAGUGAUAAUUAAUUUAUGAUUCAUAUUGUAUGCAUUA